CCUCCUCCUUACGCGUUCUUCUCCUCAUCUUGGUGAUUGAUUUCUAGAUAUCCACUACUCCUCAACUUGCUGCGAAAUCUUUAGAUCUCAACUGAUGCAUUUGUCCUCACAUUCGAUAUUUAUCUUUGAUUUCGACUAUUUGCAACUGCGAUUUGGUUUCCUUAUUUAUCCCCACCUGGUCUUUCUAAGCAUCUCUGAUUCUUUAAGAUUUGGUUUGAGUGAAUUUAAAUUUCAGUUCUGUCGUAGCAACAGCAAGGGUGAUCUCACUGAUCUCAUUCUUAACGCAAGUGGGUUGUGACACAUUAAAGCUCUCUCUCACCAUUACCAUUAUUCUCCACACUUGUCGCUUCCAUGAAUUCCAACUCAGUUCCAUCAGAGGCAAUGAGUUCGUCGGACGUUGAACUGCAGGAAAACAAAAGGGACAAACUGCGUAGUGCUGCCAUGAAAGGAAAGUGGUCAGAAGUCAUUGAAAUGUACAAGCAAGAAAGGGAUAUUCGCACAGUUGCGAUAACAGCAACAAGAGACAAUGUGUUACAUAUGGCAGUUUCUAGUGGGGAUGCAAAGGUUGUGGCAGACAUCGUGGACUUUGUUUGUGCUGAGAGGGACGUAGUCCUUAGGGCUUACAAUGAUAGAAACAAUACGCCUCUUCAUUUGGCAGCAUCAAUGGGAAAUGUUGAAAUGUGUCGGAAGAUCGGCGACGCAGACCCCUCCUUAGUUACUAGAUGCAACAUCGCUGGCGAGACUCCUCUCUUCCUAGCUGCUCUCUAUGGAAACAAAACAGCUUUUCUUUGGCUUCAUUAUCUAUAUAUAGAGAGCCCUGAAGUUUCUUCAACCGACUUUUCUCAUUAUAUGAGGAACAACGGUGACACAAUUCUCCACUGUGCCAUUGCAGAAGGGCACUUUGAUGUGGCGAUCGAAAUAGUUCACCUCUAUAAAAACCUUGUGAAAGAGAUGAUGAUGAGGCGCAACAAAGUCGGUUUGACCCCACUCCAUCUCCUAGCAGCAACGCCUUCAGCUUUCAAAAGUACCUGUCUCCAUGGUCGAUCUAUCUUGGUUUGUCUCAUUUAUGGGUUCUUUAGAGUUGAGGAGAAGAAGCAGGCCACGAUGAAGGAAGAAGUGGAACAAUGCGAACGCAAGUCACGUGUCAAGUUUUAUCAAGAAAUUGGGUUUUAUCAGAUAAGAAAAAUGAAGGAGAAGCACACAUGGUGUCUGCAAAUAAUGAAUGAACUUCUUCAGCAUGCUUCUGACGAAGAUAUGUCAAAAAUAAUAUCGAGAAUCCCCUCGGAACAUCUUUCAAUUUCCCUGGAAAAAGAAGAAGACAACGAGUCAGAGUCAAUGGCGACACCAGUGCCUGGUACAAUAAUAAUUGAGACACCGCUAAUGAUUGCUGCAAAGACUGGUGUCAAAGAAAUGGUGGAGAAGAUUCUGGAAUUAUUUCCGACGAGGAUUAAAGAUGUGAAUGAUGAGGGAAAGAACAUCGUUCUAUUAGCAGCAGACUAUAGGCAAAUCGAGGUAUUCAGAAUUUUGUGCAAACAAAAAAGGCUUACUGAAAGUAUAUUUCGACAAGUGGAUAAAGAAGGAAACAAUGCAUUGCACUUGGCAGCCAUGCUUGGAGUCAAGCUUGAUUCGCUUUAUCAUGGGGAAACACUAUCCAUGUUAAGGGAAAUCAAGUGGUUUGAGUUUGUAAAGAAUUCAAUGCCCCCUGGUUUGUCGGAGAGAUACAAUAGGAAAAUGGAGACACCAGAUGACAUCUUCAGACACAGCCACAAGGAACUAAUGAGAAGCGAAAGAGAGUGGUUGAAUCAAACCUCACAAGCAUGUUCUGUGGUGUCGACCCUAGUUUUGUCAGUGGCCUUUGCCAUACGUUCCAACGUGCCAGGAGGUUACGAUGGUAGUAAUAAUAAGGGCUUUGCAAUCCUUAGGAACAACAAAGUAUUCAAAUGGUUUGAGGUGUGCUCAUCUGGGGCCCUUUUCUUUUCCCUCAUUUCCACCAUCUGCUUCCUAUCCAUAGUUGCUUCUCGUUCCCAAUCUGUCAACUCUUGCAGAUACGUUCCUUUCAUCAGACUUCACUUUGGCAUGCUCUUCAUGUUCAUUUCCAUUGUUUAUUUGUGGAUCUCUUUCUGUGCUGGUGAUUUCUUCAUGCUUGAUGAUGACACAUUGCACAAAGCUCUUCCAUCUUAUGUUGUGGUCUCAUCGGUCACCAUCCUUUUGGUUGUGACACAGCUCCCCACAUUCCUUGGACCCACAUUGGCUAGCAUUAGCCCAAUUCAAGCCCCUAGACGAAAGACCACUCAUCCCAUCGAGUACAGAAGGGCCAAGGAAAAGGAAAACAACAUAGAUUUGAACAGUCAAGAUUAAGUGCAUGUCUUAGAUAUUUUGAUUUUUUUGUUGCUAGCAAUCAUGAUUCAAUAAUCGUAAGUAGUCAGUUAAAGUGAUGGUUUAAAAUGGUAAUUUAGUCUUUUACAAGAAUAAUCUCUUGGCAUUCGUCUUUAAUUUUUGAGAUUUAAUUGAUAUUAUUUUUUAUAGAACACUUAUUUUUAA